AGGUACCUAGCUGUGCAGGUACAACGGCUGGCCGGCGAGUUGAUGGGUCGAUAAUCGAUCACGCCCUCGGCUCGCCAGAAAGCUUCUUCUUCGAAUGCUCUCAACCGCCACUACCUAUCACCUUCCUACUACACGAUCCCUUCCACUGCCCAAUAGUCUGGUUCUGUAUUGGGACCUUCGCAGCUUCACUGUUCCUAUAGGCCGAUAUGUCUUCCAAACUGGGCCUCGGACAGGACAUGUCCACAUACGCCCGCCGUAUUAUGAGGCGGGCAUCCGGCUUUCAUCCCAACUGGAGUUAUUCCGUGCAACUGCACCUAAGGACCCUGGCCACGACCGCGGUGAAGCCUCUCGUCUCAAGCUCGCCUGGCCAACUCAAGUUCUCCUACCAGGACGCCGUUGGCGAUGCUAAGCGGACCUCCCUCCCCAAUAUCUGGCUACGUGACAAUUGCCGGUGUACCAGCUGCGUCCAUCAGGAUACUAUGCAGAGAAACUUCAACACGUUCGAGAUCCCCGAAGAUAUCCAACCUUCGCACGUCCAAGCGAACGAAGACGGGGUCAGGAUUCGGUGGUCCGCGGACGCUCACGAAAGCUUUUACCCCUGGGACUUCCUCGAGUUUUAUCUAAAGUCUGACAAGAGAGCGCCGGAGCCUGUCGAAGUAAGGUAUUUUGGCGCAGAGGGAACGCAAAAUCCUUCCUCAGCUUGGCCGCCGUCCUUGCAAUACAAGGACAUCGUAGCAAACGAAGUCGACACGGUUGGCCGCUUGACAGAUUUCAUCAAACGCGAUGGUUUCGCCUUUGUGGCGGGCGUACCAACCGAGUCCGCCUCUUUCACCGAGAAGCUUCUGGAAAAGAUUGCUUUUAUCAGGCAGACGCAUUACGGUGGCUUCUACGAUUUUAUCCCGGACUUGGCACUUGCGGACACGGCCUAUACCAACAUAGCCUUGGGCGCGCAUACUGACACCACUUACUUUACCGAUCCGGCUGGAUUGCAGGCGUUCCAUCUUCUCUCGCAUACAGACCCCAGCACCAAGGACGGCGGGAGCUCGAAUCUAGGAGGGCAAUCACUGCUUGUGGAUGGAUUCUACGCUGCCAGUAUUUUAAGAGCCGAGGACCCCAAGGCAUUCGAGGUGCUGAGUAGAGUCAAGCUACCUUGGCAUGCCAGCGGCAACAAGGGAAUCACAAUUUCUCCUGAUAAGUUGUAUCCGGUCCUCGAAAUAGACGAAAAUACCGGGGACAUCCACCGGGUUAGGUGGAAUAAUGAUGAUCGUGGAGUAGUCCCUUUCGACUCCGAAUACUCACCGGCGGAAUGGUACAGGGCCGCAAGGGUGUGGAACAACAUUCUGACGAGGCCUUCUAUGGAAUACUGGUUCCAGCUCAAGCCGGGCAACCUAGUGGUGUUUGACAACUGGCGGGUCCUCCAUGGCAGAAGCGCCUUUACCGGAGUACGACGGAUAUGUGGCGGCUACAUUAACCGGGAUGAUUUUAUCUCAAGAUGGAGAAAUACUAACUACCCCCGGCAAGAGAUCCUCAAGCGCGUUAUAGGCUAGCAUAUUGCAUUCGACGAAAUUGGGAGAAUACGCCACCCCCCCCCCCAUUCGACUGCAUAGCCGAGCUGCAUGUGCCACGAUGAGCGUCAUUGCGGAAUACAUGACCGACAUAACCAUCGUUGGCUUUCUCUUCGCCUC